CACUCCUAGUACGGUAAUCUCAGCUACAGUCUCCCAGGAUCUGUUAACAUUAUCCAUUGUCACAGAGGUCCAGAGUGAGGAGACUGGCAAGUCUGACUUCUAUCUACAAUCAUAUGACAUGGCUUUGAUAGCCUCGCGACACAAGGAAGUCCGCCUGCUGGCCUUAAAGUAUGGCCAAGUGUAUUCUCUCAUAUCAUGCAUGAAGGCCACUAUACAACAGAUGUCUGAGGCAUGGGGAGACAUUCUCAUGGAGAUGGAUUCAAAACUUCUCAAGUUUGCUGAGGAAAAGAAGACAUUAGGGACUGGGACAGUGAGCAAUGACUUCAUGGAACUCCUUCUCUUUGGUACACCAAGUCCUGAACUCCAGGCCUUCCUGUUACAUGGAUUAACAGAAAAGGGUCUUAAAAAGCUGGAUCGAUCCAUUGAUUCCUCCUACCGUAAUAUCCAAAAGCUGGUGGUUACACAUCUACAGAAUGUCAGUCAGUCGCUGCUGUACCACCUCAGUGAGCUACGCGGCCUCUCUCUUUGGUACGACAAGUUUGGUGUUCUUGGACUCGACACAAACCUUCUUCAGGAGGCCAUCUUGUCUGCAGGCUCAUUCGUACUCAAAAUAAGUGAAUUACAACAGGUCAUUGAUGCGAGCAUGAAAAACUUCUCAGCUUUUAUCCGGUGGCUUUAUUCAGUGAUUGUGCGGCUCUCUGGAGAUAUUCUCACACCAGCGUUGAGCAAGAUGACGCAGUAUGACAUGAACUUUGUGGCUGAAUUCCUGAAGGAUAAUUUCGCACAGUUCUCAGAGGAAGAUGAAGAUGAAGACAAAGAUAUUCUUGACAAGAUGUCAACAUCUGAGGAUGCUGAAGCCAAUAAGCCCCAAAUUAAAUUAGAGAAGGUUGGCCAGUAUCUGAAGAAUGAAAACCUGCACUAUCCUCCUGAUACCUCCAGUAAUCCUUGGAAUCAGUGUGUCAAAACCAGCACACAUUUGAAAGAUAGUCCAUUGUUGUACCAAGUGGAGACAGAGAAAUCUUUAAUUCAGCUCAGGGAGAAGUUGGAAACCUGUAUAGAUUCUGCCUUAACCCAUCCUGCAAGUGUGAUCGGAAAAUUCUUGAUGUGUUCUCACAAAUUUCGCUUGUUUUCUGGGGUGAAAAGAGAUGAGCAGAAGCAACCUUUGGCCUUCGCAAUAAGCCAGUUUACUGUCUGUGAAUCUCAUCAGAUGUACACAGUGUUCACAUUUGAUCCAAAACCCGCCUCGACAUUUUUUGUCCUAAGGCAUCCAACAGACAGCCAAAAGGAGGGCUAUGUUGCUGAGGCUGUCUGUCUGUCUGUAGGUCAGCUGCGUCAGCCAGAACCAGACCCAAAUUCCUCUACAGACCACAGGAGACAAUGUAGCAGACACAAGAUUUUGGACCUGGCAUUGUAUGAUGGGAAGACGCUUUCUCUGUUGUUGCUAGAGGACACGGAGGAAAGUUUGCCUGUAUUAGCUCAACUCUCCUUGUCCGUCUUACAAGAUGAUAUGUUUCGGCCAAUCUCCCAACCAGAUGUCAGCGUUACUUCUUUGCCAGAGCUGCAGACUGUGGACUUGGGACCGUUGAUUGAACCACUGAGCUGGAAGGUUCUUGAAAAUAUGAAGGCCGUGUCCUUUGCAGUCAGCGGAACACGGAAAGUCGCUUGUGUGCUGUUUUCGUCACGUCGUCGCGUGCGUCUCUUUCUGAUGGACAUGGAGGAGGAGGAAGAAGAAGGGGAUGAGAGUCAGCUCGAAUCAGAGUCCAGUCACCUUGGCGACAGCAAACUGGAAGAGAAUCUGUGUCCUACCACAGAGGCAGAAGAGAGUACAGACGAAAACAAGGAAAACACCAGCACUGGCGAUUCUCUUACUCUAUCCACUAAUCCAUAAACACUGCCGUCAUUUAAAUAGUUUACUAUUCCAUUUCUGUAUUCCAACUUUUCUUUUAUGUUUUAUACAGGGGUAAUAGUAAAUGUACAUGCCACAGUUAUUGGACACUACUGUGUGUACCAAGAUUCUCCUGAAAAAUAUGUAAGCCUUGAGACUUCUCAUUUUCCAUUGCUUUUUUGUUGCCUUUCUAAUUUUUAAUUUCAUACAUAGGAACAUAGGAAAACAAAUUUUUCAGUCUGAUAAAAUAUCAUUAUGGUAAAAGUGUGAGUGGUGUAAUCGUGAGUUUUCCAGGUUAUACAUUGAGAAAACUGAGGACAGCCUAUGUUCUUUUAACAAACAUUACUGUCAUUGUGUAAGUUAGGUGUAUUCUCUGUGCAGAUGAUUAAAGAUCAAAAAU